AUGUCUCAUCGAACGGUGUCUCCAAUGUCGACGGAUAGCCAUAGACGGGAGUUUUUCUGGGGUCAAGUCGAUGACGCGCUCAUGUCGGAAGGUGAUCAAUUGUUGCUAACUGCCACCAGAGUUCUUGCUACCGCUUUUCACAACGGAUUUUUAAAGAAUACCCCAGAAGAGUUCGAGAAUAUAACGAUGAAGUGCGCAUGUAUAGCCGACAGAUUACGAGAGGGCGUCGCAAAAACACUGCAGCCGACGGGGUCGCAAAAUGCUUUUAAUCCGGUGAUUCGUCAACUUACGCACGAGCAAAAUGCCUACGAGUUGAUGUGUGUGAUGCUCGAAUACGAGACUCUCGCCAAAAGGGAUGAUUCAGUACUUGGACAGCUUUUGGCGGAAAAUUCCGAUUUUAAGAUGCUUAGUAUUCUUUUGGAAUGGUCGGAACGGUGUGGACAUCGAUUUUUGAGCGGUUUCUCGAAACACGUUUUUGACGCGCAACAUUUCAAGGAUGUUUUUUGUCUCCGGCGGGAAGCAACAAAUCUAUUGAGAAGCGAUAUGCGAUUUGAAAAUGACAAGGAACUAGGGAUAACUGCCGAUUCCACUGCUUGCCAAGAAGAUGCGCCAUAUGUUGAUCGCUUCUAUAAGACACUAUUCUCUUUAGUGAGAUGUGGACGCUUGGAUGAGGCCGAUCAACUAUGUGAUCAAGUCGGCGAAUCGACGUGGGGUGGCCUUUUAACAUCACGCAUGGUCAAUCGUAAUCCCGAUUAUACACCAACCGACAUUAAACGGGCAAAUUUGAUGUGGCAAAAUCGACGAAAACACUUCAAGCAGUAUUUGACCAAUGUCUGGGAUCAGUUCGAAACAGCAAAAGUGCCGCGGGCUGAGACUUGUUUGUUUGCAACGCUAAUUGGACGAACGCAUCCCUUGAUUGAUUUUGCUUCAACAAUUGAAGAUAAAAUUUGGUGCGUUUCAAAUGCGGCUGUGGAAUACAUGUUGGAUAGGAGAAUGGGAUUGAGUGUUAAUGAUGCAACUUCUACAGAAGAGUUGCCGACCACCAUUGAACAACUCGAGGAAAUGAUCAAACUGAAGAAAGACCCAUCUCCCUAUAUGCACGUUUACUUUUAUGUGCUGAAGAAUCAAAUAUCGGAAUGUGUCACGUUUAUGGCUAAUUGGCUCGAGCAACAGGGAGAUCGGGUCGCCGAUCACAUUGUACGUUUCAUGGCCAAUCUUUUGAUCAUUUGGAAGCAACAAAGUGUUCCACAUAACAUUACAUUUGCCGAUCAAAUUCUGAAAGCUUUUGUUGUCAAAUUGGGAAAGAUCAAUAUGCCAACUUUAAUGCCCUUCUACUUGUCUUUUUACUCUGAUUCAAAAGCGAUGCUUCAACAAUUGAUGUCAGCCAUGGAUGGUAUAAACGAUGAAACGGAAAAGGCUGAAUUUCUGGAAAAUGCGCACGAAUCGGGGAUUUCAAUUUCAGAGCUGUUGCUGAACUACGCUUUUUCGAAAAUUGACGAUCUUCGCAAGAAGGAAAAGGAUGAAAUCACGCAAGCCGAAUACAAUAAUACGAUCAAUGCCUGGAAAUGGAUUCUUCUGAGUGGUGAUGAAACGAUUACCGAAGCUCUUCAUAGCACCAAUGCUCUGAUUCGAGUACUGUUAAAAUGCGAUCAAGAGGAUUUGGCAGUAUUGGUCCUAGAAAUUGUGCUAAGCGCUGGAGAUGGAAUUCCAUUGGGUGAUCGAGUGGAACAUCGAGGAAUUCAUGGACCAGCUAUUAAACAAGCUAUAGAAGAGUACAGAAAUCAUGCCAUGUACCUGGCUAGCGUAAAACUGUGGUUAGAUUGGAAUGUUGAGCGAAAUCGAGUCCUUCAAUCCGAUGCAGCUAUCAAAUUUCAAGAUGCUGCCCAAGAUGCCACAAUACGCAUGGGAAUCACGAUAAAUAGACUGACCGAGAUGAGACGAAAGGACUGUGAACUUUUGAGGGAAAGUGUGCGGCUUGAAUCGAUUCAACAGGAAGUUGUCAGAGUAUCGUUCGACUUUCUGCAGGAAAAGGGGUGGAGAGAUGUGCAAUCAGUUGAAGUCGAACAUGAACUACUCGCAAAAGAACAACAAAUUCGACCCGAUGAAUUGGCUGAGCUCCGAGCGAUGUACUAUGCCUCAACAGCAAUUCUACUUUGUUCUGCUUUCGAGUUAAUUUCUGAAGUGAAUGGAUCCAUCGAGUUGGCCAAACUACUCAUCGAUGAAUCGCUUAAUAUGCAUGCGGAUAUCAAGAAGGAAACGUUGAGGAGUCUACUGAAGAAAUUGCAACGAUUGGCGGGAAUGGCUUUAACGACAGAA